AGAGGGAGAGAGGCAUCAUCAGCUGCUCUUCUGUCCAGGGCUCCUGGCUCUUCCCCUCCCUUCCUCUUCAGCCCCUGCUGGGUUCUCUGUUGACCUGGGACUUGAGCUCUCCUCCUCCUCCGCCGCCGCCGCCUUCCCUGCAUCCCCAAAGACAGGAUGCUGAAGAAGUUUGACAAGAAGGACGAGGAGUCUGGUGGCGGUUCCAAUCCGUUCCAGCACUUGGAAAAAAGUGCAGUGCUGCAAGAAGCUCGAGUGUUCAACGAGACACCUAUAAACCCUCGGAAAUGUGCUCAUAUUCUCACCAAGAUUUUGUAUCUCAUAAACCAGGGGGAACACCUUGGCGUGAUGGAAGCCACUGAAUCCUUCUUUGCAAUGACAAAGCUGUUCCAGUCCAAUGAUCCAACUCUCCGCAGAAUGUGUUACCUCACCAUCAAAGAGAUGUCCAGCCUUUCUGAGGAUGUCAUCAUAGUAACUAGCAGUUUAACCAAAGAUAUGACUGGAAAGGAUGACAAUUAUAGAGGCCCUGCUGUGCGAGCUCUUUGCCAGAUAACAGAUACUACAAUGCUGCAGGCCGUUGAGCGCUACAUGAAGCAGGCAAUUGUUGACAAGGUGCCCAGUGUAUCCAGUUCAGCCCUCGUGUCAUCUUUGCACCUUCUGAAGACCAGUUUUGAUGUGGUAAAACGUUGGGUGAAUGAAGCCCAGGAAGCAGCUUCAAGUGACAAUAUCAUGGUUCAAUAUCAUGCUCUUGGCUUGCUGUAUCAUGUGCGCAAGAAUGACCGCUUGGCUGUCAACAAAAUGCUGAACAAGUUCAUGCGCCAUGGCUUGAAGUCACCCUUUGCCUACUGCAUGAUGAUCCGGGUAGCCAGCAAACUCUUAGAGGAAGAGGCAGGAGGCCAUGAUAGUCCCUUGUUUGAUUUCAUCGAGAGUUGCUUAAGGAACAAGCAUGAGAUGGUGGUCUAUGAAGCUGCAUCUGCCAUUGUUAACCUGCCUGGUUGUACAGCCAAAGAACUGGCUCCUGCUGUGUCUGUGUUGCAAUUGUUCUGCAGCUCACCCAAAGCCGCACUUCGUUAUGCAGCUGUUCGAACUCUCAACAAGGUUGCUAUGAAGCACCCAUCUGCUGUGACUGCCUGCAACCUUGACUUGGAGAACCUGGUGACGGACUCCAACCGCAGCAUUGCUACCCUGGCCAUCACAACUCUCUUGAAAACUGGCAGUGAGAGCAGCAUUGACCGGCUCAUGAAGCAGAUCUCCACCUUCAUGUCUGAAAUCUCAGAUGAGUUCAAGGUUGUGGUGGUCCAGGCUAUCAGCGCCCUCUGUCAGAAGUAUCCACGCAAGCAUGCAGUCCUCAUGAACUUCCUCUUCACCAUGCUCCGAGAGGAGGGAGGCUUCGAGUACAAAAGAGCCAUUGUUGAAUGUAUCAUCGGUAUCAUUGAGGAGAACUCUGAGAGCAAAGAAACAGGCCUCUCCCACCUGUGCGAGUUUAUUGAGGACUGUGAGUUCACUGUCCUGGCUACCCGUAUUCUCCAUUUGCUGGGCCAGGAAGGGCCCAAGACCAACAACCCUUCAAAAUACAUCCGUUUCAUUUACAACCGAGUUGUUUUGGAACAUGAAGAAGUCCGGGCAGGUGCUGUGAGUGCUCUUGCCAAAUUUGGAGCUCAGAAUGAAGAGAUGCUGCCCAGCAUCCUUGUGUUGCUGAGGAGGUGUGUAAUGGAUGAUGAUAAUGAAGUGAGAGACAGGGCUACCUUUUACCUGAGUGUCUUGGAGCAGAAGCAAAAGGCUCUCAACGCUGGCUACAUUCUAAAUGGCUUGACAGUAUCCAUCCCAGGCUUGGAGAGGGCGCUGCAUCAGUAUACUCUGGAACCUUCUGAAAAACCCUUUGACAUGAAGUCUGUUCCCUUGGCAACUGCCCCCAUCACUGAACAAAGAAUAGCAGAAAAUGUUCCUAUCUCUGCAGUCAAGCAGCCAGAGAAAGUGGCAGCAACCCGACAAGAAAUCUUCCAAGAGCAACUGGCUGCUAUUCCAGAGUUCCGGGGGCUUGGCCCAUUGUUCAAGUCCUCUCCUGAGCCAGUGGCACUUACAGAAUUGGAAACAGAGUACGUGAUCCACUGUACAAAGCACAUGUUUACCACCCACAUGGUGUUCCAGUUUGACUGCACAAAUACUCUGAAUGAUCAGAUCCUGGAAAAUGUUACUGUGCAAAUGGAGCCGACUGAAGCAUAUGAAGUCAUUGGAUAUAUACCUGCCAAAAGCUUGCUGUACAACCAACCUGGCACUUGCUAUACAUUGAUCGCAUUGCCUGAAGAGGACCCUACUGCAGUGGCCUGUACAUUCAGCUGCAUGAUGAAAUUUACUGUCAAGGACUGUGAUCCAAACACUGGAGAAGUUGAAGAAGAGGGCUAUGAGGAUGAAUAUGUGCUGGAAGACAUUGAGGUGACCAUAGCAGAUCACAUCCAAAGGGUUCUGAAGCCCAACUUUGCAGCAGCCUGGGAAGAAGUUAGUGAUGAGUAUGAAAAAGAAGAGACUUUCACAUUAUCCACUGUGAAAACACUGGAGGAGGCAGUCAGCAAUAUUGUGAAGUUCCUGGGGAUGCAGCCCUGUGAGAGGUCAGAUAAAGUACCUGAAAACAAGAACUCACAUACUUUGUGUCUAGCAGGUGUGUUUCGAGGUGGCCAUGACCUCUUGGUUCGCUCACGCCUUGUCCUAACAGAUGCUGUGACAAUGCAAGUCACAGCACGAAGUGGAGAAGAACUUCCUGUAGAUGCCAUCAUGGCUUCUGUUGGCUAAACAGGUUUUAGGACUUUGCAUUUCAGACUCCGAAGCUGAAGAAGGCUAUUGGAAAUCUCUUUCCACUAUUCUGGACCUUGAGAGAAUAAUUAGAAUGUGGACAUCUCCUCUUUUUCUAAUUUGAAAAAAAAUGUGUGGGUUUAAAACCACAAGAUGGUUUGUAAGGUGUGAUAAGAGGUUUUAUGAAAUAUGGAGUAGGUCACUUUUUUUCAUGAUUUUUAGGCCCUUUGAAAGAGUGUCCCCUUUCAUACUAAAUUUGCAGGGCUUCACUGCUUAAGGAUCAUAAAAUUGUUUUCAUCAGCUCUUUUUGUGAUAAUGAUGUGUCAUGUCCCCUUUGGUCUGUGAGAACCUUUACAAUUGGGGAAGUUUCUAUGUGUUUGUUUGUUUUUUU